AUGUUAUAAGGAUUAGAGAAACCUUUAUCUGAAUACGUAUUUAAUUAUUGUUAUUAAGUUAGCAAUUAAUCUUGCACUUGAUACAUUAAAAUGAUUAUGAUACUUUGAAAGAAUUGGGAAUAAAUAAAGGUAAAGUAAAAAACUUUGAUAGCCAACAUCAAUUUUUUGGAAUAAUUCAAUGAAAUUGAGCUUGAUUAAAAAAUAUCUCCUCUUAUAUGUGCAUGCUAUCUUGGGAGAUUAGAAAUAGUUAAGCUUUUAUUAUCAAAUUGUUAAAUUGAUGUGGAUUUAGCAAGUAUUGACUCUGGAUAGACUCCUCUAUCUGUGGCUGCUAUGACAGGGAAUUAUGAAGUUUUGAAGUUAUUACUUGAUGCUGGAGCAGAAGUUAACAAGCCGAAUACAUUUAAUUAGACAGCCUUUAUUACAUGCUUUGCUAGAUUAGAAGAAGUAUUUAUUUAAAUUAAUAUUUUUUUAAGGAGAAGAAUGUGUUUGAAAAUCGGAAAAUUUGUUUCAAAAUGGCAGAACUAUUGCUUCAUUAUGGAGCAGAUAUUAAUUGGAUUGUUGAUAAAUCUCAUGGCUUCCACUUAUUAAUGUAAUUAUGCUCUAUAAAAAUGGAAUUAAAUCCAAAAGAAGCAGAAAUAAAUUACUAAAUUAUUAAAUUUCUGAUUGAAAAUGGAGUAAGAUAUCUGAUCUAAUUUAGGCGUAAAAAAAUCUUUAAUCAUUGAAGGGCAAAAAGGCUAUGGAUCUUUUGAAAAAGCACUCAAAUAAAGAAAAGUUAAUUGAAUUAUUAAAAAAUUCAACAUAAAUUUAUUUUUAUGGAAGAUAAAAAAAUAGUAGCAGAGGAUCACAACAACAGUAGAAUCAAUUCAAAAUUAGAUCAAUAUAAAAGCCAUGA